AUGGCGAGUCGAGCUUUAAUCCCUUUCCUGGUCACGAUGAUGCUCGUGACCGGGGUUUGCAACACAAUUCUCAAUAAAUACCAGGACAUGCAAUGUGUUAGAAAUUGCGAUUCGCUAGAUCCUAAAGAACGGAAAACGUUUGAACAGCCCGUAAUUCAGACUGCACAGAUGUUCGUCGGUGAAAUGGGCUGCUGGAUAGUUGUCGGCUUAUCAAUUCUGUACAAGCGAUUCGUCGCACCCCGCUUGUCCGGCGACCAAUCUCCUCUCCUGACAGGUGGAUAUCGUCCUAUUCGCGGCGAGGACGGUGAUCUGGAAGAUGACGAGCGUACCCUCGAUGGAUUCGGACCAUCAACGAAUAAGCCAGGUGACGAUGACCGUAUCCCUCUUCGUGGAUGGAGAAUUCUUCUUCUCGCUGCUCCAUCCUGCUGUGAUAUUGCAGGCACAACCCUUAUGAACGUUGGUUUGCUCUUCGUUGCAGCUAGCAUUUAUCAGAUGACACGUGGUGCCCUCGUUCUUUUCGUCGGACUAUUUAGCGUCUUGUUUCUGCGCCGAAAGCUGUACUUGUACCAGUGGAGCGCUUUGUUCGUUGUUGUUCUGGGUGUCGCCGUUGUCGGUCUCUCUGGUGCCCUCUUCGGUGAUAAAUCAGGUGAUGACCUUGCCCAGGAUACUGGUGAUGUCUCUCCUAGUGCAGGAGCUCCUGAGGCAGUGAAGACUGUUAUUGGUGUUCUGUUGAUUGCUGCCGCGCAGAUCUUCACGGCCUCGCAAUUUGUCCUGGAGGAGUGGAUUCUGGAGAACUACGCUAUGGACCCCAUUGUGGUUGUUGGAUGGGAGGGUAUCUUUGGUUUCUCGGUUACUAUGAUCGGCAUGAUCCUUUCUUAUAUCAUUGUUGGACGCACGGAGGCUGGUCGAUUCGGUUACUUCGAUAUGAAAGAAGGAUUCCACGAGAUGCUUUCAAACCGUGCUGUGGCCGUGUCUAGUAUGCUUAUUAUGAUCAGCAUCGGUGGCUUCAACUUCUUCGGUCUGUCAGUUACACGCACUGUAUCUGCCACAUCUCGUAGCACCAUCGAUACUUGCCGUACCCUGUUUAUUUGGCUCGUCUCUCUGGGCCUUGGUUGGGAGUCCUUCAAGUGGCUCCAGGUUGCUGGUUUCGCCCUCCUCGUCUACGGAACCUUCUUGUUCAAUGAUAUCAUCCAUCCUCCCCUCAAGGCUUGCCUUCCCUCUGAACACAGGGAAGGUGAAGUCUUACUUCCCGAGGAGCCGAUUGAACAUUACUAG